CAAUUGCAAACGAAAAAGACGAGGUUGUUUAAUUUCUAAUUUGAUACCUUGUAAUUUGAAUGCAUAUCCUCAAGAAUUUUUCGUCUCUACGGACUUAGCUUAUUCAAACAUAUACAUACCACAUCAUUCAAUAUCUGUUUGAAUUACAUCAGAUGCCUCCCAAGAAAGGAAAAUCUAAAAAAGACAUAGAAUCCGGUGAGGAUUCUGAUGAAUAUCGUAAAAAGAGGGAUAGGAACAAUUUGGCUGUGAAACGAAGUCGCGUAAAAUCCAAACAAAAAACCCAGGAAACUAUGUCACGAGUCAACCAAUUGAAGCAAGAGAAUUCAGUGUUAGAAGAGAAAGUUAAAAGUUUAACGCAGGAGUUAGGGUUCUUGAAAGAACUCUUUUUAGCCCAUGCCUCAAAUAGUGCAAACCAGUCAAAGUUUGAAGGAAUUGAUUUGGAGCAGCUACUGAAAGAUCCACCUGAAAACGAUAAUACCUAAAUCUCUUCUGAAUUAGAUUUUCAGUUUGAAGAUGGUUUACGAUUUGAAAAAUCAUAAACAUCUACAUUGAAUGAGAGUGAUUAAUAAGUAACAAACUUUAUCUCCGACUCUAACUUGAUUUGGCAACAAAUUUACAAAAAAGUUGUUGGUCCAACACAAAUUUAUAUUUUCCUAUAUGGAAACUAGGAAUCAUAUAUGGUAUUUCAUUCAUAAAUUAAUUCCAGAAAAGUUUACUGAUAAUGAAAACAGACUAAGGAAUAACCAUCCAUUUCCAUUUGGUUUGAAAUAAUUUCAUUUUAAUAUUCUUUAAACUAAAUAAGAGGAAAAUUGAAUUUAUGAAAUAUUUGUUCAUUAAUGUAGUUUUUCUAAAUGAUUGUAACAUCGGAGUCAGCAUCAAUUUUGAACUUUUAUUAUAUUCAGUUCAAAACAUUUCAGCAAUAGGCAGGAUAAGUAAUUUGAAGUGUACGGUAAUGUUACUAUUAUUUAUAAAGACACUGUAUAUUACUACAUAUUAUCAUUUUAUUGGCAUGUAAUUUCAGUUCUAUGAUGUUACAUCCUAUUAGCUACUUUAAUAUUUUAUUCAAAUAAUAAUUAUAUAUUAUAUUGAAUUUGAUUGCUAGAAAUUAUAUUUUUGGGAAAUACUCAUCAUUCAGAGUAUUUGUUGAAUUUUAUCAUCACUGUUGUUUUCAUAUUGUUAUUUGAAUGAUAAUUACUGAUUAAAGAUUAUUGUCUGUUCAGC